AGCCUUCUCACCUGCCCUGUCCGCCUCCACAGUCCGAUAACACAGCUGUCGUCAAUGGACAAAUGCUGUAGCAAGUAUCAUGUUGGGGAAAAGUCUAGUGACUUUAGUCUUUCUAAUUUGUUGCGUCGUUGGAACCGAGAACAAUGAAGAUCUUUUCCAUGGACAAACAUCUAAACUUUCCAGCUACACGGUUGUAAAGCCUCAGCUUAUUCACAGGAGAUGGGCAAGAAAUGCCGACAGACUUCCUGAAUCGGGAAAGACUGAAGAACCCGAGGAACGUUCUUAUUCGUUGAUCAUUGACAACAAGGAACAUUUCCUCCGUCUUAAAAAUAACAAAGAGUUUUUAUCCAAAAGCUUUGUUCAGUUUUCCCAUGAUGCCAGUGGGAAUCUGACGCCUACAUAUCCUAAACCUGAUGUCCAUUGUUAUUACCAUGGUGAUGUGGAGGAUCAUGAAGAAUCUUUGGUCGCCCUCAGCACCUGCUCAGGUCUCAGGGGUGUCAUUCUCCUUGGCAACCAGAGUUAUGGGCUGGAACCAGUCAAGCAGUCGACAAACAACGAGCACCUCCUCUACCGCCUAGAGCACAGCCAAUCGGAGCCCUUUGUCUGUGGAGUGACCAAUGAGACGUCGCACACUGAGAGUCACUCGUCUUUCGACCCUUCCCUCUCGAUGACGGCACUUUUACGGAGAAAACGUAAUUUACCUCAGACCAGAUAUGUAGAGUUGGUGUUGGUUGCGGACUUUCUCAGGUAUACCUACAAGAAGAAGAACGAGACAGCGGUGCGAGAGGAGAUGGUGGAACUAGCCAAUCUGCUGGAUGGGUACUAUAAGAAGCUGAAUAUCCGCGUGGUGCUGGUAGGCCUGGAGAUCUUUAAGGACGCCAACCCCUUCAGCGUGGACGGUUCUGCAGGGGAAGUGUUGGGGCUGUUCGUCAAUUGGAGGAAGACGUAUCUGCUACCGCGGAUCAGGCACGAUGACGCACAGCUCAUUGUUGGUCUUGGGGGAGCGUAUGCGGGAGGCAUCCUGGGCAUGGCGUUCGUGGGCACAGUGUGUUCGAUGGCCACCGCUGGAGGAAUCAAUGUGUAUAGUGGUGACAAUCUGGGCUACGUCUCUACUGUAGUGGCCCACGAGAUGGGCCAUAACCUGGGCAUGAAUCACGACGACGGCCGCUGCACCUGUAAUGGAGGGAGCUGUAUCAUGGCUGCCACGGCAACUGGAUCCACCCUCUUCAGUGACUGUAGUGCCUCUGACUUUGAGCGUCUGGUCCUGCGUGGAGGAGGGGUGUGUCUGUUGAACCAGCCCUCCCAGUCCAACAUCGUCUCCGUGGCUAAAUGUGGCAACGGCAUAUUAGAGGGAGGAGAGGACUGUGACUGUGGAACACCCCAGGAAUGUACCAAUAAGUGCUGUGACGCGGCCACCUGUAAGUUGACCUGGGGAUCGGCCUGCGCUCAGGGAGGCUGCUGCAAGGACUGCAAGAUCAGCGUGUCAGGGACACCGUGUAGGGGAUCUGUCAACACGUGUGACCUCCCAGAAUACUGCAACGGCUCAGCAUCCUUCUGUCCGUCUGACUUCUAUCUCAUGGAUGGCCUUCUCUGUGAGAACAGCGCGGCGUACUGUUACGAGGGCCGCUGCCAGACCUACGACUACCAAUGCAAACAUCUUUUUGAAACGGGUGCAAGCAAGGCAGCAGACAUCUGCUUUCAGACGGCUAAUCUAAAGGGGGAUACGUUUGGGAACUGUGGAAUGACCUCGUCGGGGAGCUAUGUGAAAUGUAGUUUGGCUAAUGCCAUGUGUGGGAAGGUACAGUGCACUAACGUAAACACCAACAACCCUCCUCCUGGAGGCUCCGUCAGUAACCAGAUCAUCGAUGGCUCUUCAUGUGUCAACGCAGACUUUAACCUGGGCUCUGAUGUUCUGGACCCUGCCUAUGUCAACCAGGGCAGCCCCUGCUCCAAGGGGAAGGCCUGCCUUGACUUCCAGUGUGUGAAUGCCUCAGCUCUACUUCCUGUGGACCUCCACUGUGAUGCCAACAGCACAUGUAACAGCCGGGGGGUGUGCAACAACCUGGGCCACUGCCACUGUAAUGACGGCUGGGGACCUCCUUACUGUGCCAAGUCAGGGAGAGGGGGCAGUGUGGACAGCGGGCCUGCACAGAUAGAUUAUUCCCUGAGGGACGGCCUGCUGAUCUUCUUCCUGCUGGUGGUUCCCAUCCUGGUGCUCCUGGUGUUAGUGCUGCUCUAUGUGUUUAGAAGGGAUACCCUGGAAAGAUGUCUCAAAGGACCACGCUCCAGACGCUCCAGCCAAUGCCUACAUAUCCACCAUCCUCUACCUCAGCACCCAGGUAUGGAGAAAACAACAAUUGGAACCGACCUCCUGCCACCCAGCCACCUCUGCCCCAGCAAGGACCAGGUGUUCCCAAACCUAUCCCUCCCAAGCAUUAACCCUGACCCUAACCCUAACUGACCUCCUGCCACCCAGCCACCUCUGCCCCAGCAAGGACCAGGUGUUCCCAUCCCUCCCAAGCAUUAACCCUAACCAACCUCCUGCCACCCAGCCACCUCUGCCCCAGCAAGGACCAGGUGUUCCCAUCCCUCCCAAGCAUUAACCCUGACCCUAACCAACCUCCUGCCACCCAGCCACCUCUGCCCCAGCAAGGACCAGGUGUUCCCAUCCCUCCCAAGCAUUAACCCUGACCCUAACCAACCUCCGCCACCCAGCCACCUCUGCCCCAGCAAGGACCAGGUGUUCCCAUCCCUCCCAAGCAUUAACCCUAACCCUAACCAACCUCCUGCCACCCAGCCACCUCUGCCCCAGCAAGGACCAGGUGUUCCCAAACCUAUCCCUCCCAAGCAUUAACCCUGACCCUAACCGACCUCCUGCCACCCAGCCGCCUCUGCCCCAGCAAGGACCAGGUGUUCCCAUCCCUCCCAAGCAUUAGCCCUGACACAAACACCCCUUCCAACAUAAUGGGGCUCUUCCCUUAUUCGUUAUUGUAAAUUGCAUAUUUGGAUUUUACUCACAUUGUUUGUUAGUUUGUCGGUAUCUCAACAACAAUAUUUAAACCAUUUUAUUGCAGGAACAUGAUUUGGUGACAGGGACUUUUUAAGAUAUUGCUUUUUACAUUAUACUACAGAAAUGAAGGUAACAUGUUUUGUAAUAAAAGUAUACAUAUUGUUGAUAUUGUUAAGUUCCACAAAGGCUCAAUUUAUUUUAUGAGCUGUUUACAAGAUUUUUUAUAUAUUUAAAUGUUACUCCUAAUAAAUAUUGAAUAUAAGA